GUUUCCUGGUCAUCUUAAGCACGAAACGAAUUCCACCUGUCUGUUCACCAGGCAGCUUUAGCUCGAGAACACGGUUAACACAAACUUGGUUUUUUUCUCUAAAAUUGUCCAAGACCGGAAAUUUCGAGAAUAAGCUCAUCAAGGCAGUGUCCCUUCGCAGUAAAAUGUCGCUGAUCGCCCAGUCGCAUGUGGAUACCGAGCGCCACGAAUUUAUCUGGAACAUUAACAAUUUCAGCUUCCUUUCAUCUAAUCCGAAGUACUUUGACCGGCACACUUUCCACUUCGCGGUAGGCUCCAAAAUCGGCAAAGUCUCCAAAUGGAAACUUUUCUUGGCUCACCGAGGGUCGAACCCUUUCCUAUUUUUCCAACUGGUCGAAUACACUGGCCCACACGAGCUUCCGGUCACCCUAGAAGUCUGCGUGGAGAAUGGAUUAGGUCACAAAUACGAAUUUAAAAUGGCCUUACGAACCUUCACCGCAUCCUGUACCGAGCCGAUCAACUGCAACUCGUUUAGCGGUCAGCCCUACACGACCCUCAAGUCGAUUUGCAAUCAGGGUGUCGGCGACACGUUGAAACUGACCAUAGUCUGCAUAGUCUUUGGCAACCCGAGCUUCACGAUUUCGGCGGUGGAUUGUUCGUCGUCAUCUUUAAUUAUGGAGAGGGAGCAAGCAAGAACCGUUCCGCGCCAUAGGGAGGCCAUUCUUGCCAGACUGGAAAGCGGGGAAAGGUCUGAUGUGACCUUUGUGACGAGGGAUGAUCAACGCAUCGCGGCACACAGGCUCAUCCUCUCCAUGCAAAGCGCCGUAUUUACGGCCAUGUUCGACGCUGAGAUGAAGGAGAAGACUGAUGGAAUCGUCAAGCUGGUCGAUUUGGGGGGCGACGGGCUCAAAAUCUUACUAAAGUUCCUCUACACCGGCGAGUUGGAGGAGACAUGGGACAAAUUUUAUGAAGAGAUUGUCAAUGCAGCGAACAAGUAUCAAAUAAAAUCACUGAUGGACAUGUGCGACAGGAUGCUUCCAACCCUUGUCUCUUGGCAAAAUUGCGUGGAGCUCUUAAAUCUUAGCGAAUUACACGGUAUGACCGGUGCGAAGGAGAAGAUUGAAAAAUUUAUGAAGAGUGAUCCGGACAAAAUUUUCCAGUUGUGGCGUGCUCCUCCAUCCUCAAAGCGUCGUCGAGAUAUUUAAUUUUUCACCUAUAAUAAUAAAUAUGUAAGAAAUUUUAGCCUGCAUUGGGAACAAAUGAUUACGAUGUAAAUAUGUCAAUGUUUUGGUAUUUUUUAAUUUAAUUAUAUUUGGUAUUGUUAAUGUUAAUUCACUAUUAUUAUGUACAUAAGAUUAUUAAGCUAAUUUCGCAUUACAUAUUCUUUCUCUCUUGGGAGUUAGAAAUUUUGGUUCUUGAUAUUUGAUAUUUUUGUCUCUCAAUUGUUAAAAGUAACGAAAUAAUUAUUUAACCUAUUGAUAAUACUUAAUUAUGUUCUUGAUGCAAUCCCACAAAUUGUAUAUAUGUAUGUACAUACAUAUCAAUACCCUCAAUUUUUCAUUGCUUCGCAAAUUUUGGAUUAUUAAAUGAUUCAAUGUUUCUGUAAACUAAAAAA